UAGGAAUGUGGAUGGAUUCUAGAUUAACUUUUGGAACGCAUAUUCAGAAAUUGAUAGACAAAUGUAGGAAAGGAAUGAAUGUUUUGAGGUGCUUGUCAGGAAUAGGAUGGGGGAAAGUCCCUGAAAAGAAUCUAUUGUGCUGUGAUCAGAUCAAACAUAGAUUAUGGAUGUCUAGUAUACAGUUCUGCGAGCAGGACACUACUUAAAAAGAUUGAGGUCGUACAAAAUCAGGCUUUGCGGAUUUGUUGUGGUGCAUUUAGAUCAUCCCCGAUAGCCUCACUACAAGUGGAAAUGGGAGAAUUGCCCCUAGAACUACGCAGGUUCAAGCUCAGACUGAGGUACUGGUACGGUGUAAAGGGUCAUCUGGAAAAUCAUCCGGUUGGACUGAUUUUGAGAGAAUGUUGGGAAUAUGAGUGCAGGGAAAUAACAAGCUUUGGUUGGAUAGUAAGGAAGGAGGUGGAUAAGUUGGAGCUGAAAAAUCAUGAAGUUGCUCUUUCUGUGGCUCCACCAGCAAUUCCACCUUGGUUGUUUCAUAACCCUGUGAUAGAUCUACGAGUUACGAAGUUAUUGCGUAAUCCGGGGAAGAAUGUGCCAAUUGAACUAAUAGUUCAGCAGUACAUCACUCGAGAAUAUUAUGGUGCACUGCAGGUAUUUACGGACGGCUCUAAAGACCCAGAAUCUGAAAGGACUGCAGCAGCAGUAUAUAUCCCUGCUAUUGAGAAAAAGAUUGCAAAAAGACUUUCAGAUCAGGUGUCUGUUUUUGCUACAGAACUUUUAGCAAUCAUACUAGAAAUUGUUACCCGUAUCAGGGCUGGGAAGCCUGAAUGGGUGAGGUGAAUUAACCACUUCUGCCUGGCUCUGUAGAAUGAUAAAUAAAACGCUGUGAGACAGGAGUACUGGCUGUAAGCUCCGGCAAAGUUUAAUUAACUCUGAACGCCCGGUGCAGUACCUUAGUUAAACAGCGCUAAACGCCCUCUACAGGAAACAAUAAUAACAGCAACAUUUUCUUUACCCACAACAAAGAAUGUAACAAUGAAUUUACCCAUCAAUAAACAAAUGUUGAAGGCAUCAUUUAUGAACAACACAAAAUUUUAAAGGGGGUGUCCUUUUUUCUCUUUAAUUUUAACAUAUAUACAUAUAUAUUUUUCAACCUACUACACCUACAGUGGAUAGAAUAAGUCCAACCAGAAAGAACGGUGAUCUGCACUGAUUUGAUGGCAGCCCUCACUAGUUUAAGAAGCGGUAAAUCCGAAUCGAGGCAAGACUUAAUAUUAGAAAUUUUACAAAGUCUGUUCAGAAUUUGGCAGCUGAGGGUGGAGUUCUAUUUUAGGCGGAAGUGUUUUUUCUUGUGAUUGAGCUGUGCUAUGUCAUGACGUCAUUCUGGAAGCGCGUGCUGCUCCUCAGUUUACUCUGUGCAUACUGAGGAGAGUAUUGUUGAGUGUUGGUGACAAUAAACUCUCCAGUACUGCUGCAACAAAGUUGUAAAGACUCGUCAUUCCACAACACAACGCAGAGAUCACGAGCACCGGUCAGAAUCGAACGUGACCGGUCACACCUGCUUAUGUUGGUGUGGGUGGUAAUGAAAUGGUGGACAUGCUAGCAAAGAACGCACUGAAUCAUUCCCUGAUAGACAUCAAUGUAGCGUUGAGUAGAGCUGAAUUCAAGGCAGUGAUCUCAUCUGAAGUGGGUAAAAGAUGGCAGGAAGUAUGGAACAGUGGGACAAAUGGAAGACAUCUUUUCCUGAUCCAGGGGACUGUUGGGAAAGAGAGGAAAAGAUUGGGAAAUAGGAGGAAGGAUGUUAUCGUCACACGGCUAAGAAUUGGACACGCUGCAUUAAACAGUGACCUCUUUAGAAUAGUAUAUUAUCAGGUCAGACAGCAGAAGGUGGAGGUCUGCAAGUCUAAUAUCAUGAUGUCGCCUGGAAAACCCACAGUCAAAAUUGUGAACUUGGGAAGAGUUGCUUACCACAGUGCCUUACAGAUCCAGCAACAAUAUAUCAGACAACAUUUUGAUUCUUCAAGCCAAACUCCAAACACACUACUCUUGUGUGAACAUGAUCCUGUUUAUACAACUGGCAUUCGGAGAGCCCCGUAUCCUGCUAAAGAGGAGCAGAGACUCAAGGAUUUGGGUGCAGAAUUCUUUCGGACAAAUCGUGGAGGCCUUAUAACCUUUCAUGGGCCAGGACAGAUGGUUUGUUAUCCUAUUCUUAACCUGGGCUGCUUUAAGAAGAGUGUGAGGUGGUAUGUGCAUAAACUGGAAGAAACUGUGAUUACGAUGUGUAGCAAGUUUGGAAUUGAAGCCUCCACCUCACCAGACACUGGUGUCUGGGUUGGAAAUAACAAAAUAUGUGCAAUUGGUAUUCACUGUGGUAGAUACAUCACUUCUCAUGGUUUGGGACUGAACUGUAACACUGACAUGAGCUGGUUUGAUCACAUUGUGCCAUGUGGAAUUAAGGGAAAAGGAGUCACCUCACUGAACCAAGAGCUCGGCCGGGAUGUCACGAUUGAAGAGGCAGCACCAGUGUUACUACAGGCUUUUAGUGAACAGUUCAACUGCACUCUGUGUAAAGCUGACCUUCUGCAAAAUCACUGAAUGCUUUUGUGUUUAUAUAAAACAGACUUUAAACUAAUAAAUACUGUUUGUCUUUUCCCUCUUGGUUAAACCUAAUAAAAUGUUAAAGUUUGUAUGUA